CACUGACAGGAAGUCGGUCCUGAUCACGUAUAAAGACGCUUCCUGUGCUCCUCUUGAAAGAAACAUAUUGAAACAUUCAUGGCUUGACGGUACAUAAAGAUCAGCAGCUAUAAGUGAAUUAAAUCGCAGUCCAAGAUGAACUACGUACCGGGGACUGCAAGCCUCAUCGACGACAUCGACAAGAAACACUUGGUGCUGCUCCGGGAUGGCAGGACUCUGAUCGGUUACCUGAGAAGCAUUGAUCAGUUUGCCAAUUUAGUUUUCCACCAGACGGUUGAGCGCAUCCACGUGGGGAAAAAGUUUGGUGACAUUCCCAGAGGAAUCUUCAUUGUGAGAGGAGAGAAUGUGGUGCUGCUCGGAGAGAUAGACGUGGACAAGCCCUGUGACACAGUGCUGCAGCAGGUUUCCAUCGAGGAGAUUCUGGAGGAGCAACGGUUGCAACAGCAAACAAAGCAGGAGACGGAGAAAGUCAAAAUGCAGGUCCUGAAGGACCGAGGCCUUUCCAUACCCAAAGCUGAUAACUUAGAUGAAUACUAACUCCAUCAGCCUUUCUCAGUUUGUUUGAGACUGUUUUAUUUUGACAGAGUACCGCACACCUCUGCUUUGUUUGUUCAGGGUUUUUUUUUCCUUUCAGAAGACAGCAUCAUGAGUCUUUACACUAGUUUACUCUACUGAUUUGAAUUAUUUGGAGAAAUACAGCUAUGUUCACCUUCAGUCCUGCACUCAAUGAGAGGAGUU